AUCAUUAGACUGGGGUGUUUUCAAGAAUUUAAAAGAUGAAUCCUAUAUACAAGAAGUGUUUAACUCGAAUAGGUUGGUUUGUAGCUUAUGGGAUGCUGGCAGGUUGGCUGUUAACCCUGGUAGAAAAGAGAGACGAACCGUACGCUGUCACUGCUAACAGGUUAUUGAAUGAAUUGAAAAAAGAGAUGAAGAACAAAUACAACAUAACCAACUCGUCUGAUUUUGACAGAUUUGUGGAAAAAGCCAAUGAGGCAAGUCAAUUGAUGAGGAAAUUUGACUGGACAUUCAUUAAUGGGUGUGGAUUUGCAUUUGCAGCCAUUACUACUAUUGGGUAUGGACACAUUACUCCACAAAAACCUCUUGGCCAGGGACUCACUAUAGUGCUCUGCAUUAUUGGUCUGCCAAUAACCAUGCUUGCUCUAAAAACAGCAGGAGAAGUCCUUCUCGUUAGUUUGCGAAACCUCACAAUUACUUUGGAAAAGAAGAUUCUUCGGCGAAGAAAACCGGAGAACAGUAUAUUCAAGUGCCUAUUGAUGAUCAUCUUUUGGAUUACGUUAUUGAUGUGUAUCCUAGCAACGGUUGAAAAAUACGUCAAUGGCUGGACCUUCCUGGAAGGAGUUUACUGUUGGUUUGUUACAUUAACGACUAUCGGUUUUGGCGACUAUUUACCACUUCAAAAGCUGUAUCGUGUUCAAGAAAAAAACAUGAUAUGGGUGUAUGCAGUUACAGGAAUAUUUUCUACCCUUCCUUACGUCAUGGCUCUUUGCCUGGUAUCCAGUCUACUUAAUUUGUUGGUCGAGUAUUCGGAAGAAUUUAAAAUGCAAUUUAACACAUUUUGUUGCCAUAUGGAGUGUUGCUGCUGCCGCAACCACAAGAGAGAGUUAAGAACUCUAGGUUCGACGAAGAAGGAGGAUAAUAACGCUGAGUUGCAGUUAAUGAAUGGAUAUGAAAAAUGAAAGGUUUUUUGGUCUCUUUGAAGGCUCUCAGAAGUUGCGGGCGUGGCUCUUCGAAAACGCUGAUUAUUUAUUGAUACAUUGUUUAAUAUGGGCGAUUGCGUCCCUAGCUUUUAAAUCCUAGUAUCCAAUGAUUAUCUACGUCUACUUAAGAAAUAUAUAGGCACAAAGCAAUAUUAAGAAAAUGCAAAAUACGAUUAAAGAAAUUGUAAUCUUAUUGAAUUGAAGAAACACAAAACACAUUGAAGAAGACGAACAAACGUCAUUUGGUUAAAUUCACAUUUACAUUAUUGUUUAUCUAUUCCUGGAUCCGAAAAACUGUAAACACGUCUAUUCUGCUCAGAUAAGACCAAUUAAUGUUAAGGAAAAAACGAUCGGUCUUCGAUUUUUUAAAAACUUUUUGAAUCGAAAGCAUGCCAGUUUACACCAUUGUCAGUAAUUGGUCAUUACUUAUGAGUAGUUUUACUAAAAAUAGUCGAAGUCAUUGGCCAAACUUUUUUUAUUACGGAAAAUGUAAAAGGUGUAGGUCUAAUGUUUCUACGAAAUUCAUUCUUCCAUUGCCUCUCUCACAUCCAUUUGAGACUAUCAAUAGUUUUGUUAUUGUU